AUGGCGCCCGUGCCCGGCCUCCUGUACGUGACCAUGCAGCCGCACCCCGAGUUGCCCGACUCGGUGUUCCACGACUGGUACAACAACGAGCACGGCCCGACGCGGCUGCGCCUGCCCUUCGUCGCCAACGGCUACCGCUACCGCGCCGCUGACCUCGAUGGCGAUGCAGCAGACGCAGACGGCCGCAAGGGCUCCAAGGAGAAGCCCGAAUGGGUCGCCCUCUACGACAUCCCCGACAUGAACGCCCUCAACUCCGAGGCCUAUCUCAGCCUGCGCGGCCCGCCGCUGAAGAGCGAGAGGGAAGCUACCACCAUGAAGAAGAUCCACGUCGACAGACGCGUGUACGAUCUCAUGAGCGACAAGAAGAAGGAGGGCUACAAGGAGCUCGACGACGUCGACGCCGAGGGCAAGGUCGGCGGCGUGCUCGUCUCCGUCACGGCGAUCCUGAAGCCCGGCGCCGACGAAGCCGAGUACAAGCGAUGGGCCGAGGACGAGCAUGUGAGCCUGCUCUCCAAGGUGCCCGGCUGGCGGCGGUCGAGGCGCUUCAAGUACUCGGCCGUGGUGAAGCCGCUCGGGCCGGCCGAUGAAGUCAAGCACACCGAGUACAUCGCGCUGCACGAGUACGACCCAGAAAACGGGCUGGGCACCUCGCCCGAGUUCAAGGCCGCCACGACGACGCCGUGGACAACCAAAGUCAACACCGACAUCGUGGCCGAGAAGAAGCGCCGCGUAUACAACCUGGCCUACACCUUCGGCCCCGCCCCGCGCUACCUCUCCUCGCUCACCGCCGGCGCCGUCCCCGAAUUCAAGCACCCAGACGGCACCACCAAAACCAUCCCGGCCUCCCCAGACGGCACAGCCCCCGCGGCCAUCGAGUCCUACAUCACAACCCCCGACGGCGUGCGGCUCGACUACCGCCUCGACGGCGGCCCCACCUCCUCGGACCACUCCCCCCUCCUCCUCCUCAUCAACUCCAUCCUCACCGACCACCACAUCUGGGACGCCUUCGUCGCCUCCUUCCUCUCCGACCCCACCAACUCCCACUACCGCACCCUCCGCUUCAACUCGCGCGGCCGCACCAGCGCCUGCGGUGAAUCCCCCGUCACCGUCGACUCCCUCGCCGCCGACGCCGUCGCCCUCCUCGACGCGCUGCGCGUCCCCCGCGCCGCGUCCGUCGUCGGCGUCUCCCUCGGCGGCGUCACCGCCCUCGCCGCCGCCCUGCGCCACCCCGCCCGCGUCGCCUCCUUCGUCAGCUGCGACACCAACCCCACCGCGCCCGCCGCCAACCCCCAGCUGUGGGCCGACCGCAUCGCCGUCGCCGAGGCCGAGGGUGCGACCACCGCGACCACCACAGACAACGAAAACGAACCCAUCGUCGGCACGCGCCUCGCCGAAGCCACCGCCCGCCGCUGGUUCGUGCCGCAGUCGUACGACGACGCGGCGCUGCGGCCGCGGCUGGACGCCGUCGAGGCGGCCGUCGCGCGCAACAGCCUGCACGGCUUCAAGACGGCGGUGCAAGCGCUGUACAGCUACGACUACGCCGGGGAGAUGCGGCGGGCGGGCGCGGUGCCCGGCGCGUUUCUCGUCGGUGCGGGAGACGGGAAGUUGCCCGAGGGGAUGAGGAGGAUGGCGGAGGCGUAUGGGGCGGAUGUCGAGGGGAGCGGCGGGAAGAAGGCGCCGUUUUAUCUCGUGCCGGAUGCCGGGCAUUUGCCUAUGGUGGAGAAGCCGGAGGUGGUGAAGGGGUGUGUGACGGAGUUUUUGAGGGGGCUGGGGAUGUAG